AUGGCCUCCCAGGCAGCCACUCUUCGAGGCGACGAGUACUCUUCCCGCCUGCCUACCCCACCGCGUAUCGUCGUACCACCGCCGACAGCAAACAUCAACCUGGCUCCCGAGUUCAAUCUGCAUCCCAUCGCCCAGUCCGGUCCGCUCUCGGCCGUAGACUACGACAAGAUGGUGACAGGCAGCCUCCUGGACUGGAGCUACGAGCGUCGUCGUCAAGCACAACAAAUCCUCCCCUUCCUCUACCUAGGUCCUAUGAGUGCCGUCAAAGAUCGCGACUUCUUGCGGAAUGAAGGCAUCACUCUGCUCAUGGCCGUUCGCCAACGCCACUCGUUCGAGAGCAAGAUCAUGCAGGCCGCUCUCAAUGUCGCCGACGACAUCAACAUCCAGAAGAAGGCCCUCGACAUGUCUAGCCCCUACGAAAUUGUUGCCUCGUUCACUCGUGCCGCCAAAGUCAUCAAUGACCAUAUGAACUCCUUUCCAAAUGCCAAGGUGCUUGUGUUCUGCGAGAGUGGAAAUGAACGUUCUGCCGCUGUCGUCGCUGCCUAUCUCAUGGAAAUCCUGGCCGAUGUUGAUCACAUCAAGGCCAUGCAGAUCGUCCAGGCCCAACGUUUCUGCGUCAACUUUGACGACAACGUCAAGCGCUUAUUACAAGGCUACUGGGACAUCUUGCAAGCCAGACGCACCACUGCCAACUUCAACGCCAGUGGCAGGCCCAAACGACAUCUUGAGAGGGACAUGGACAACGAUGGCAUGGACAUUGAUGAGUCUGGCGACGAUGGCGAGAGGUUCGAGAGCAGGUCCUUCGCUCCCUUUGUCGACACUGCUUGA